AUGAAUACACAAUUGGCGGCGGCGAGCCGAUCAAGCCCCCGACAUCGCGUCCAACGCGACAACAACAACGAGGAAUGGAGAAAGUGGCCGGCCGUCAAGGCCCUGAUACCAAACUUGCCGCAGGGUACUACAACACUUGAUAUACACAAAAAUCUGCAACGCUUUGGGUCCGUUGAGUACAUCCGAAUCGAGGAGACUCGCCAGGGUGCUUUUGCCAGGAAAGCACUGGUCACAUUCAAACCGCCACCACCUCGCCGUGCACCAUGGCAUCCAGCCUACGCAAGAGGUAUCGACUUCGUCAUCAAGAGAUCCCAUGGAGAGCAAAACCACCUCGUCAAGGUUCUAUACUCAAGCGCCCAGUCCCAGACACAAUCUGUCGAGAGUCCUGUCGGCCGCACCAUCCGAUAUCCUUCAGACAUGGUCCUUCCUGCCGACAGCAUUGACUUUGGCUAUUUGGAGCGUCCGACAUCCAUGGUCGUCAAGGCCACAAAGCGAGACGUCGAAGGAGGCUCCAUUAAGUUGAUGCUGAAUUUGAAACGCCUGGAGCUUGAGGUACACUACCCUGUCGUCAUGAAGUCUAAGGGUGUAUCCACCACACGUGCAUACCGCUUCUUCGUAGCACUCGACGAUCAAUUCUCCUUGUGCGAGGUUCAACAGGGUAACACUGUAUCACUGGUCAUUCACCUCAAGAAUCCUCCUUGGUACUCAAGGCAGUUGAGGGAUGCAAUGGCCAUGAGUCAUGCUCCAGAUUCACACAAAUGGAGUGCGGAUGAUGCGUGGACCCGGCAGACCGACAUUGUUGAGGACAAGGAGAAGUUCGAGCUGGUCGACAACAGUCCAAUCUCCGUGCGGAAGGCCUACAACAACAUUGACAUUGCUCGAUGGACCACUUUCCGGAUCACCGUCAAACCAAGUGUGACUACUGGACCUCAUUCACUGCUGCGGCAAUUCAUCAAAGCGCUUGAGGACUUCAAUGUUGCGGUCACGCUCAACCCUGCAUAUCGCAUCACCAAUCAGUAUGGCACUGAAGCAAAGAUUUGGAAGGUGCUAGACGCUGGUGAGACACAGUCUUUCAGCGAACAGCUGACGAAGGUAUACCUUCCAUUCGAGUUGAGAUAUCAGCUUGAGGUCUGUAUCUCGCAAGGCUGGUUGAAUGAGUACACUCUGACUGAGGCAUUCCUCCAACGUCUACUGAGCCUUGCACCACACCGCGCGAAACAGAUGCUGAUUCACGUUGACUCGUACCAACAACGUGUCUACGACCCAAUGGACAUCUUCACGGAUCUCAAGUACUCAAAGCCUGUCCGGGCUGGCCCACUCCCUGACAAUUGUGUCAAGAUCUAUCAUGCCACUGUGACGGCCACAGGCAUCCUAUUCCACACACCUUCUGUCGAAGUUACCAACCGCGUCGUUCGCACUCAUCAGCGCCACACAGACCACUUCCUCCGCGUUAGGUUCGAAGAUGACUCCUAUCGUGGAAGAUCUCGCCUGUAUCCGGCAAUCAACGGCAGGAUGAAGUUGAUAUUUGAGAGAGUACGACGAACUAUGAGACAUGGCAUCGUACUGGGAGAGCGCCACUAUCAUUUUCUUGCUUGGGGCAAUUCUCAGCUGAGAGAACACGGAGCCUAUUUCUUUGCACCUGUCAACAAUAUCACCCCUGAGUCGAUUCGUGAGGAAAUGGGUGUCUUUGAUCGCGAGAAGGUUGUUGCAAAACGUGCUGCGCGAAUGGGUCAGUGCUUCUCGACGACUAAACCUGUCUCAGUGGUCAGCAAACGUGCUUGGAAGAAAGAUCCUAUGCCGGACAUUAUCAAUGGACAAUACAACUUUACCGACGGUGUUGGCAAGAUCUCGUCCUUGACCGCCCGGCUUGUUCACACCUAUCUCAAAUUGAAGGGACCUGUGCCAUCGGCAUUCCAGUUCCGUCUCGGAGGUUGCAAAGGUGUGCUGGUCGUCGACCCUGCACUCAAUGGCGUGGACAUCAAAAUUCGACCAAGUCAAUAUAAGUUCGACAGCAACUCUGAUGAAUUGGAAAUCAUUCGCGUCUCCGAGUUCUGGCAACCAUUUUUGAACCGCCAGCUCAUCUUGGUGCUUUCCGACCUCGGUGUGAAGGACCACGUCUUCUUACGCAAACAAGAGGAUUGCAUUGAGGCGCUCGACCUCGCUUUGGAGGACGAUCAAGCUGCUCUACGCGCAUUACGUGACAAUGUGGACCCCAAUCUCAUUACACUGAACAUUGCUACCAUGAUCGAAGACGGAUUCCGCCAGACCAAUGAUCCUUUCGUUACCUCGCUGCUGAGACUGUACCGAGCCUGGACGCUCAAAUACCUCAAAGAAAAGGCGAAGAUCCCGGUGGCACAAGGUGCUUUUGUCUUGGGCGUCGUGGAUGAGACCAAGACACUUCGUGGCCAUACCAACGAUGCGAAGAAGUUGAAGACGGACAAGGACGACAAGACAGCAUUGUUGCCCGAGAUUUUCAUGCAGUAUACCGAUCAGCAUACUGGGAAGCGACGAAUUGUGGAAGGCGUCUGCAUCGUUGCACGCAACCCAUCUCUUCAUAGAGGUGAUAUUCGCGUGGUUAGGGCGAUCAAUGUGGACAAGUUGCAUCACUUGACUGAUGUUGUGGUUAUGCCGGGCACAGGCGAUCGCGAUUUGCCAAGCAUGUGUUCUGGCGGGGAUCUUGAUGGCGAUGACUAUGUUGUUAUUUGGGAUCCCGAUUUGGUACCACCAGAGUGGAAUGCGGAAGCAUUCGACUAUGAGGCCCCAAGACCUGUCACGAAGGAGAAGAUAUCCACCAACGAUAUUAUCGACUUCUUCUAUGACUACAUGCAGAACGACUACCUUGGAAGGAUCGCUCACGCUCACUUGGCGGCUGCCGAUUACCUGGACGAAGGCAUUCGAAGCGAACAAUGCCUGGAACUGGUCAGACUGCACUCCAUGGCCGUUGAUUACCCGAAAACUGGAGUGCCAGCACAGAUGCCCAGAGCACUUGAGCGGACCAAGUGGCCACACUUCAUGGAAAAGAAGAGAUCAGGCGAAUAUACAUCUCACAAAAUUCUGGGUAAGCUUUACGACGCAGUCCAGAGGGUCAAUUUUGAGGCCAACUGGGAAGGCAUAUUUGAUCAGCGCAUCCUUUGCCACAAGCUACCACCUCAGGAAGUCCUGGCAGAAGUCAAGAAACUAAAGAGAAGUUACGAUGAGAGUAUGCGAAGAAUCAUGGCCCAGCAUCAGAUCGCUAACGAGUUCGAAGUGUGGUCAACUUUUGUUAUGCACCACAGCAAAGCCGCCAGAGAUUUCAAGUUCCAUGAGGAGAUUGGCCAGCACUCCAAGACGCUAAAGGACCAAUACUACGAGGCCUUUGUCCAGGAAGCUGGAGGUUCCGAUUUCCAGAAACUGGUUCCUCUUGCCGUGGCCGCCUACUCUCUCACCCAGCAAGAGUUCCUCAACUUCAAGGAAGAAGUCAACAAUCGCAACCAAGAAGAGAACGGCGAGUCUGAGCAGAAAGGUCCUGAGGUUCCGUUCAUCAGUUUUCCAUGGGUUCUUCAAGAUGUGCUGGGCAAAAUUGCCCGGAGCACUGUCCUUGAACAGAGCGAGUCUCUACAGGUUGAUGUCACGAGCACGAAUAAAGAGACACAACACUUGAAGGCGGUCUUGGACGUUCUUGACAAUGUCGAGAGCACUGUCAAGUGGACUAGACUGGGAGAACAUCUGCCUGAUCCAUACGUACCGGAAACGGCAGCUGUCAAGACCGAGCAUGAUGGGACACAGGAAGACGCAGCAGCAGCAACCACAACACCAACACCGUUGCCGUUCAUCACAAAGAAUGGAGAGACCACGCAAGACCAUGCAGCUGCACCUUCGGACCGCUCCAUGGGUCCUCCACCACUCAAAGUUGUGACAUUGAACUCGAAAGGGCGAGACAAUCAUUCAACGUCUGAAAGUGGUUCAGUGGUCUCUUCCGGAAUGGUCUCGGUUUUUUCGAAUAUCGAGGAUCCUCCCUCGAGCCCUGAUGAUGCCCACCCCGGCUCAGCCUUGUCUCUACACUCUUCGUCUUCGGUGUCCAGAUCGUCCAACCUUUCGAGUGGGUCGCACCCUUCUCGGGGUUGUGUGCGACUGGACUCCGCCAAUACAGCGAAGGUCGAUGCUACUGAGCAGCAAGUAUUCAUGGAUCCAGCAAAGAUGUCUAUGGAAGAGGUGACCGCAAGCGGUCUUAUUGACGACGACGAUGAGGAUGAUUUCAAUUACUGA